CCUGCAGGGAGCCGGUGUGAGCUUCUGGACUAAUAUUCCUCACUUGGCCAGGACCUCAGUUCAGAGACUACGGAGCCCUGCCUCCAGGAAAGGACCCCACCAUUGGGUUCAGGACUCAGAACUGAUCCUUAUCUUAGCUGGAGGAUGCUUUUCCCCCAGAGGCAGCUACGGUUUUGCAGAAGCCAGUGGGGUAAAUGUUUCGAGUACUUUGGUGACAGUAAUCACAGGAGACUACGUUUUUUUCAACCACCAACACGUGUUUUUUUUCCCCCUCACCUUCGGAAAGCUGGGGAAGAAUGCCGCGACAUUGCCUUCGGUUUCUCGGCAGGGAAACUGAGGCAUUGGACCCCGUGCGUACCAUGUAUGGAAAGGGAGGUACACUGUCAGGCACACUCUGAAACGAAAAGGUUUCCCGGCCUGGGACGCGAGGAAGUCGGCCCCUACAGUGAUGGUCACAGUCCGAUCCGCAGGGCGCGAGCUGGGUCCGAGGAAGGACGGAGGAAGGCGCAGGGUCGAGGCCCGCGGGCCCAACUUGAAAGGCCCCCAUUUUUUCCCCUCACCAGCUUUCCCGAGGGCUUUGGGUGUCAGUGGUGUCGGGUCGCGCAGCCUCAGACAGAUAACAUUACUCAGUAAUUACUCUCCCCCAUUUAAAGCCCAGGCCGUUUAACUGGCCCCGAGUAAUUAAUGAAAGUUGGUGCGCGGGCCUCUGAUUUACGGCUCCGAGUCAGCGCCGGGUCAGCCGAGCAGAUCCAUUGUGGUCGCCCGCCGCUGCCCCUGCGCGAGAACCGCGCUGUUUUGUUUUGGGGGGAGAACGACUUUCUCCGCCGAGCGGCUGAAAGUUUUCAUACUGGCGAGGUUCGGUGCAGAAGCCGCGGACGUCGUGAAAGACAAGGGCGAUACAGCACGGUAACCUUCGACGGCACGCCCAGCUACGGUCACACGCCCUCGCACCACGCGGCGCAGUUCCCUAACCACUCUUUCAAGCACGAGGACCCCAUGGGCCAGCAGGGCUCGCUGGGGGAGCCGCAGUACUCCGUGCCGCCCCCAGUCUACGGCUGCCACACGCCCACCGACAGCUGCACAGGCAGCCAGGCCCUGCUGCUGAGGACGCCCUACAGCAGUGACAAUUUAUACCAGAUGACCUCCCAACUUGAAUGCAUGACCUGGAAUCAGAUGAACUUAGGAGCCACAUUGAAGGGAGUUGCUGCUGGGAGCUCCAGCUCAGUGAAAUGGACAGAAGGGCAGAGCAACCACGGCACGGGGUACGAGAGUGACAACCAUACCACGCCCAUCCUCUGUGGCGCCCAGUACAGGAUACACACCCACGGCGUCUUCAGGGGCAUUCAGGAUGUGCGGCGUGUGCCUGGAGUGGCCCCGACUCUUGUCCGAUCGGCAUCUGAGACCAGUGAGAAACGCCCCUUCAUGUGUGCUUACCCAGGCUGCAAUAAGAGAUAUUUUAAGCUGUCCCACUUACAGAUGCACAGCCGGAAGCACACCGGUGAGAAACCAUACCAGUGUGACUUCAAGGACUGUGAACGAAGGUUUUCUCGUUCAGACCAGCUCAAAAGACACCAAAGGAGACACACAGGUGUGAAACCAUUCCAGUGUAAAACUUGUCAGCGAAAGUUCUCCCGUUCCGACCACCUGAAGACCCACACCAGGACUCAUACAGGUAAAACAAGUGAGAAGCCCUUCAGCUGUCGGUGGCCCAGUUGUCAGAAAAAGUUUGCCCGGUCAGACGAGUUAGUCCGCCAUCACAACAUGCACCAGAGGAACAUGAGCAAACUUCAGCUGGCGCUCUGAGGGUCCACAGCGGCCCCUGUCCUGCACCCCAGGCAGGACAGCACGUGAACUCCUUUCAAAGCUGACUGUAAGAUUCCUCCUCACUCGCCUGGCAGAGAAGGAAAUGGCAGUUGAUCUUUCUUCAUCCAGCGUCUGAGACAAGAUGCCUGUACUACUGGAUUCUACCAGGUUUGCCCAAAGGAGUUGGUCUCUGCUUAGCCAACUUUGAGUUGACUCGUAAGGCCCUGGAGAAGUGGCUCUCAGUGUCCAGUUAGUUAAAAGCCUGUUGCCAUUUGGUCUGGAUUUUCCACUGUAAGCAGAGCCACUGUUGGUGAUGUUCCCCCGCCCCUUCUCACUUUACACUCAUUUUCACGAGGAAUGGAGUCAUUGUACCAUUUUCCAUCAUAGAAUAUUUAUGGGCCCAGGCAUGUGGAUGUGUCUGCUAAUGUAAACUUUGUCAUGGUUUCCAUUUACUAACAGCAACAGCGAGAAAUAAAUCAGAGAGUAAGGCACUGGGGGUGAGUCCUGUCCGACAUUCCGGAGGUUAGGCAGGCUGCUAACCUGGACCAGGCAACUUUUAAAACUCAAGCAUUUCAAGCAGCUGGAAAAAAAAAUAAAUAAAUAAGAAUCAGAACUAACCAGUACCUCUGCAGAGAUAUCUGAAAGAAUCUUAGCAUUCAGUUAAUUCAUUGUUAACAUUAGCACAAUGCUCUUAAGAAAUCGUGCUUGAGGAUCUGAGAUUUUGUUUUUGUGUUUCUGUUUGACUUUGAGUUGUAAUCAUACACAUCUUCAGAGAUGUACGUAUCUCCUCACACAAAGGAAGUGGAAUUCAUUUUUAUCAUUUGGGGUGUCCUUAGAGUAUACAGACCAUGCUGGUUAUGUGGCUUCAAGUUGUAAAAAUUAAAAUGACUCUAAAAGAACAUAAGGGCUGGUCCAGAAUUUCCACUGAUAAGACUGUUCUUAAGUAACUUAAAUAACUUUGGGUCUCCAAGUAUACGUGAAAAAAAAAAAUGAGACUUAAUAGUGUGAGGAAAUCCAUUGUUUAAAGGUGGUUGGGUGUAUGUGUGUGUGUUUUGUUUUUAUUUUUUAAGGGAGGGAGUUUAUUAUUUACUGUUGCUUGAAAUUAUUGUGUAAAUAUAUAUAUCUGAUAAUGAUUUGCUCUUUGACAGCUAAAGUUAGGAUAUGUAUAAAUGUUAGACGCAUCACUGUUUUGGUGUUGAUCUUCCAACAUAUUGAUAACACUAAAAAUGUAACCUGCAUUUUUCACUUUGCUCUCAAUUAAAGUCUAUUCAAAAGGAAA